AUGUCACCAAUCACAGACUGCACAAAGGGGAAUAAUUUCAAAUGGACUGAGGAGGCACAACAAGCCUUUGAGUGUAUUAAAGAAGCUAUGUGUAUUCUACCUAUACUGAGACUGUCUGACUUUAGCAAACCAUUUGAGGUUGAGUGUGAUGCUAGUAACACUGACAUAGGGGCAGCCCUAAUUCAGGAGGGACAGCUUGUUAUCUUACACUCAGACCAUAAGUCACUUAAACACAUUUGUGGACAGAGUAAACUUAGUGCCAAACAUGCUAGGUGGGUUGAGUUUAUGCAAAGCUUCAACUUUGUUGCCAAGUACAAGACCGGAAAAACCAAUAUAGUAGCAAAUGCCUCAAGCAGGAGAGCACAUUUGCUAGCCAUUCUUGAUGCCAAAGUUAUAGGGUUUGAAAUGAUCAAAGAACAAUGCCAAACUGACCCAGACUUCAGUAUCAUAUAUCAGCAGUGUAGCAAACAACCUCAAGGCCUGUUUUAUAUUCAGCAAGGGUUUUUAUUCAAAGGCAACAGAUUGUGUAUACCUAGGACUUCCUUGAGGAUAGCUUUAGUGAAAGAAGUGCAUGAGGGAAGUUUGAAAGGACAUUUUGGCAUACAGAAGACCUUAGAUAUGUUAGCAAACAAUUUCUACUAG